UUAUAACCAUGUUUCCCUUUCCAGUUCUGUUUCUCCUUCUGCCUAGGUGCUGCUAUGUACCAUUGCCUUGUCGGUUCCCUCCUCCAAUACCCUGCAGUGCUCUUGUGGGAGGAGAUUUUACCUGGUUACCUGUGGGUUGUUAAGCCUAGCAGCUCACCUGAGAAACCAGGAGCCUGCCUGGUCUCUGAGAAAUCCCUGCUCCUAACUCUGCACCUUGCACUCUGUGGUGUCUCUCACCGCACCUUGCACCUCCACUCCCUCUCUGCUGUGCUUUUAUUUUCCCCGGGACCAUGUGCCGGUUUUAAGUUGCGUUGUUUUGUGUGUGUUGUGCAGCUGUCUGUGCUGCUGUGAGGUUACACAAUGCAUGCGAGGAGAACGGAUAAAAAGAGAAGUCGGGGCUGAAAGAACAUAAGCUUCCUGUUUGAGAGAGACAGAGAGAGAGAAAGAGACUGACUGAGACAGAGACCUCUGAUCUGUACCUAGACUGCUUAGAGUGUUGUGAUGAAGCCAGGAGGAGAUACUGUGACAGGUUAGCAGUGUGAGUGACAGAAGAGAGAGGUCUAUAGCUAAGGGUUCUAUUUAGGAGCGCUGAAUGCAUGAGAGCGUUGGCAGGGAAGGCAAGAGACAACAGAAAGAGGAAGGAACCGAGAGGCAAGGUACUUAUUCUGCUGAGUGCCACACUGCGUCUGAGGAGACUGAAGAUCGGACUGGAAGACUACAAGGAUGGUGAGGUGGUUUCAUAGGGACAUAACCGGGUUGGAGGCUGAGGCUCGGCUGAAGGCGAGAGGAGUCCAUGGAAGUUUUCUUGUACGUCCGAGCAGGAAGAGACCAGAAGACUUUUCAUUGUCCGUCAGAUUGGAGGACUCAGUCACACAUAUCCGAAUACAAAACACGGGCGACUACUAUGACUUAUAUGGUGGAGAACAAUUUGCUACAUUGUCAGAACUGGUGGAAUAUUACACAGGGCAACAUGACACCCUGCAGGACACAGACGGAAACCAGAUCCUACUGAAAUACCCUCUGAACUGUUCGGACCCCACCAGCGAGCGAUGGUACCACGGAUAUCUCUCCGGCGCAGACUCAGAGAAGUUGCUGCAGCAGAAUGGGGAGCCGUGGACGUUCCUGGUCAGGGAAAGUCGCAGUAAACCGGGAGACUUUGUCAUCUCCGUUCUAACCGAUGAUCUGAAAGGGGGGAAACUGCGCGUCACCCACCUCAAGAUCAUCUGCGAGGGUGAUAAGUACACUUUGGGGGAUAUAAAAUUCGAUACACUUACAGAUCUAAUUGAGACGUACAAAAAGAAGCACAUUGAGGAGGUGUCUGGAGCUCGCGUGUACUUGAAGAAGCCGUAUUACUCCACCAGAGUGAAUGCUGCCGACAUAGAGAGUCGCAUGAAAGAAUUAGACAAAAAGUCAGAGAAGGAGGAAACUGCAAAAGCCGGAUUCUGGGAAGAGUUUGAUGCUCUACAGAAACAGGAAACCAACUUAUACGACAGGAAAGAGGGUCAAAGACCAGAAAACAAAAGCAAAAACCGGUACAAAAAUAUCCUCCCAUUUGACCACACAAGGGUGAUGCUACAAUGUGGAGACCCAAACGUUCCAGGCUCUGAUUACAUCAAUGCCAACUACGUGACGAACCAGCUUUGGGGGCAUGAAGAGCCGUCCAAACGUUUUGUUGCCUGUCAGGGGUGCCUGGCGUCCACCACAGGGGAUUUCUGGGAGAUGGUCUGGCAGGAGAACAGCCUGAUCAUUGUAAUGACCACGAAGGAGGUUGAAAAGGGACGGACUAAAUGUGUUCCCUACUGGCCGGAUGCUGGAACUAACGGGAAGGAGUUUGGACGGUAUUGGGUGGAGAUUCUUUUGGAACACGAGGCCAUGGAGUAUAAAAUUCGCACUCUACGAGUGUCACCCAUAGCGAAUCCCACCGCUGCUCGGAAAAUCAUUCACUACCAGUACCUGAGCUGGCCAGAUCACGGGGUGCCCUCUGACCCUGGUGGUGUACUGAGCUUCCUGGGGGAGGUUAACCGCAUGCAGGAGAGUUUGCCAGAGGCUGGACCCAUCAUUGUCCAUUGCAGUGCUGGAAUCGGCCGGACUGGAACCAUAAUCAUCAUAGACAUGUUGCUGGACACGAUUCAGAUGAAAGGCCUAGACAGUGACAUUGACGUGCAUAAAACCAUCCAGAUGGUGCGGUCACAGCGCUCAGGAAUGGUGCAGACGGAGGCCCAGUACAGAUUCAUCUAUGCAGCCAUCGCACAAUACAUUGAUUCCGCCAAACACAAGCUGCAUGCAAUAGAGAAAACACAGGGACUAGAGUCAGAGUACGGAAACCUGUCCACCAGUCUAUCUAAGAUGAAGGUGACACGGAGUUCCUCAAAGCCUAAAGAAGAGGGGAAGCUCUAUGAAAACCUGAACACAAAAAAAGAGAAAGUCAACAAGAAGACAUCAGCGGAGCAGAAGUCACGGACUUCCGUGAAGAAAAAGUAACACACAGCAGGAGUUCGCCGGCCAGGGAGUCCGUGGAUGCAGUAUUCCUCCAGCUUGUCGGCCACCCCGUUCCCCUCCCUUCUAAGCUGGUACCAGUCUGCUUCUCCGCUGUCUAGGACUACAGGAAAUGCCCUGUACAAUGUUUACUAUGAAAUCUUGUAUAAUUUAAUAAAGUGUUAUAUACGCACAACGAA